GUGUAGUUUUUUAUGCCAUUAGGUGUUUUUUGAAAAAAAUAAAUUUAACCUCAAAAAAACUGUCUAAAGUGAGGCAUCUCGCAAAAAAGUGCCAUUUUUUAGUCAAAAAUAAUCGAAAAAAAUAUAAUUCCUCAAUAAUUUUGACCAAAUUACUCAUUAGAGACGAUGACGGGGAGACACUCGCGACUUUGUGUGUCACUGGCGAUGCGAUGCUGGACUGGACUGGGCCAACUGUAUGGGACUUCUUCUUCGGGAGCGGAAAAACGGCCGGAUCGCGGAAAGCCGAUCUGGCUGCUGACUCUUCGUCCUACCCGUGUGUGGUAUGGGUACACAUGUACUCGUACACUGCACUUCACACGGCUCACUCCACUCUCGCUCUUUCUCUCCUCAGCUCUGCUCCUACUAUGCAGCGCUGCUCCGCGAGAGAGUAAUACAUAUAUCUCCAAUACGUCGCACUAUAUACACGCACACACUUAUUGGAUAUACACCAUAUAUAACGAGUGGAACUUGGAGGAUCCCGGCCAAACAAGCGACCCGAACCACUCAACUAUUGAAGGCUACGAAAAAAACAAAAAACAAAAUGACUACUGAGAAAGCAAAAGCAGAUUUAAAGGAAGUAAAACGUGAACACGAAUCUCUACGAAAAAAAUAUGAAGCUACAAAAAAGGAACUGAAGGUGGUGCAAAAAGAGAAUGAACGUUACAAACAACUAAAUUUUAAUCUACAAACAGAAGUGAUUGAAGUUUUUAAAGAGCAGAAUGUGGAUUAUUAUUCAUGUUCGCUGUAUCUGGCGUCACAAUCGUAAGGGCCUAUCCUAUGAAAGUGUCAACUGCUUUUCCAGUAAAAAUAAAUGUACUACAAAUUUAUUAUUACAAUAGGUCGUACGAUGCAUGCUUGGUGGACACAUCUGUAAGACGGUUCGGUGUUUGUUUGUCCUGCAUGGUUUACCGAUUUUCAUAUUUUUAUUCAUAUCUACAACUUUUCGCAUUUCCUGUUU